GCGCUGUCAACGCAAAGCGCUCCUAUAUUUGUUCUUCAGUUCACUGUUCUUACCCACCCUUUCCUCCCUUCUUUCUACGCCAAUUUUCUUCUGGACGUGGGGCAACAUCUCGUCUUCGCUGUACGUCAUCUCUUGCCCGACCUGACGUGCUAGCUCGCAAGAGGCUUGAUUACGCACUCCGUCCUCUUUCCGGCACCAGGACGACCAUGGCGGCCACCAAGAUUGACGGCACCCAGAUUGCCAAGAACAUCCGGGGAGGCUUGAAAGAUGAGAUCCAGAAGAUCCAGGAGUCAAACCCCCGCUUCAAGCCUAGUUUGGUGAUCUACCAGGUGGGAAGCCGAUCGGAUUCGAGCACCUAUGUGCGCAUGAAAUUGAAGGCCGCCGAGGAGGCAGGCAUUAUCUGCAAGAUCAUCAAUUUCCCCGAGGCCGUCACGCAGCCCGAGGUCCUGCAGGAGAUCAACAAGUCCAACAAUGACCCCUCGGUCCAUGGUAUCCUCGUUCAGCUCCCUCUCCCACAACACUUGUCCGAACACGCCAUUACAUCUGCUGUCGCCGACGAGAAGGAUGUCGAUGGAUUCGGUGCGAUCAACAUCGGUGAGCUCGCCAAGCGAGGCGGUCGCCCUCUCUUCGUUCCCUGCACCCCGAAGGCUGUGAUGAAGCUUCUGGAGGAGAGCGGUGUCGAUCCUGCUGGUAAGGAAGCAGUCGUUCUUGGACGCAGUGACAUUGUCGGUAGUCCCGUCAGUUACCUGCUGAAGAACGCCCACGCGACUGUGACCUUGUGCCACUCGAAGACCCCCGAUAUUGCGCGCAUCGUCAAAACCGCAGACAUCGUCGUUGCGGCCAUUGGACAGACGGAAUUUGUCAAGGGUGACUGGCUGAAGCCCGGUGCUGUCGUUAUCGAUGUCGGCAUUAACUACAAGCCCGAUGCUACCAGAAAGUCUGGAUCGCGUCUUGUUGGUGAUGUUGAGUUCGAGUCCUCCGCUCAGGUGGCCUCUCAGAUCACCCCUGUUCCUGGUGGUGUUGGUCCCAUGACCGUGGCCAUGCUCAUGGAGAACGUGGUCUCCGCGGCCAAGGCAUACUUUGAAAGACAGAAGGAUAGACGCAUCACCCCCCUCCCCAUCAAGCUGGCUAGUCCCGUCCCCUCAGAUAUCGCCAUCUCCCGUGCGCAGUAUCCCAAGCCGAUCACAACGCUCGCGUCAGAAAUCGGCAUUGAACCCCACGAGCUCGAGCCCUACGGUCACACCAAGGCCAAGGUCAGCCUCUCCCUCCUUGACCGCUUGUCCCACCGCCGUAACGGUAGGUAUAUCCUGGUCUGUGGUAUUACUCCAACCCCUCUCGGUGAGGGCAAGUCCACAACUACACUGGGUCUCUCGCAGGCUCUUGGUGCACACUUGAACCGCAUUGUGUUCUCCAAUGUGCGCCAGCCCAGCCAGGGCCCUACGUUUGGCAUCAAGGGUGGAGCCGCCGGUGGAGGAUACAGCCAAGUCAUUCCUAUGGAUGAGUUCAACCUGCAUUUGACUGGCGAUAUCCACGCUAUCACCGCCGCCAACAACCUUCUCGCCGCCGCUAUUGAGACUCGCAUGUUCCACGAAGCUACUCAGAAGGAUGCUGCACUUUACAAGCGACUGGUUCCCGCCAAGAAGGGCAAGCGCGAGUUCCAGCCCAUCAUGUUCCGACGACUGAAGAAGUUGGGUAUCACCAAGACCAACCCAGACGAGCUCACCGAGGACGAGAUCCACCGCUUUGCUCGACUCGACAUUGACCCGGAGACUAUCACCUGGCGCCGUGUUUUGGAUGUCAACGACCGUCAUCUCCGGGGUGUCACCGUGGGACAGGCUCCUACGGAGAGAGCCCUGACCCGUCAAACCGGUUUCGAUAUUUCCGUUGCUAGUGAAUGUAUGGCUAUCCUCGCAUUGAGUAACAGCUUAGAGGACAUGCGUGAACGACUUGGACGCAUGGUCGUUGCUACGUCGAAGAACGGUGACCCCGUCACCUGUGACGAUAUCGGUGCGGGCGGAGCUCUCGCUGCGUUGAUGAAGGAUGCUAUCAAGCCUAACCUCAUGCAGAGUUUGGAGGGUACACCUGUCAUGGUCCACGCCGGUCCUUUCGCCAACAUCAGUAUUGGAGCUAGCUCUGUGAUUGCUGACAAACUUGCUCUGAAGCUUGCGGGUACGGAGCCAGAUGAGGAUCACGAUGCCAAGACUGGCUUUGUUGUGACGGAAGCUGGUUUCGACUUCACCAUGGGUGGUGAGCGGUUCUUCAACAUCAAGUGCCGUUCCUCCGGUCUGUCCCCGGACACCGUGGUCAUCGUGGCCACCGUGCGCGCCUUGAAGGUUCACGGUGGUGGCCCCGAGAUCAGCCCCGGAGCUCCUCUGCCGGAAGUCUACCGCACGGAGAACGUUGAUAUCCUUCGCAAGGGUUGUAUCAACAUGAAGAAGCACAUCGAGAAUGCUCGGCAGUACGGCAUCCCCGUGGUGGUCGCCAUCAACCGCUUCGAGACGGACACGGAGGCCGAAAUCGCCGUCAUCCGCGAGGAGGCUAUUGCGGCCGGCGCAGAGGACGCGGUCCCCGCCAACCACUGGGCUGAGGGCGGAGCCGGCGCUGUGGACCUGGCCAAGAGCGUGCUGGCCUCUAGCUCCAAGCCUAAGGAGUUCAAGCUCUUGUAUGACCUGGAAGGCAGCAUCCAGGAGCGCAUCGAACGCAUCGGAACGGUCAUGUACGGUGCGGAGAAGGUUGAGUUCAGUGAACUGGCCCAGAAGAAGGUCGACACCUACACCGCUCAGGGCUUCAGCAACCUCCCCAUCUGCAUUGCCAAAACCCAAUACUCGCUCAGUCACGAUCCGGCCCUCAAGGGUGCCCCCACUGGCUUCACAGUCCCCAUCCGGGAUGUUCGGCUGGCGGUGGGCGGUGGAUAUCUGUACGCGUUGGCGGCGGACAUCCAGACCAUCCCCGGAUUGCCGACUGCGCCUGGAUACCUGAAUGUCGAUAUUGACCCUGAGACGGGAGAGAUUGACGGUCUGUUCUAGACGAUAGACUUGGCAUUGCGUCGCUUCUAGUACUGGGAUGGGUUUCUCGUAUUUAAAAUUUCGAUUUUCUUUCUUUCUCUUCUGUCUUUGAUUUGCGGUCUCUAGCAUGGUUGAUUUUUCGCUACGAUGGGCACGGGAGCAUGGGUGGGGGUUCCAUUUCAACAUCUCGUAGCGUGGCUACACAGGGCCGGUGUUCUAUCUUCAACAGGAUGGCUGGGUCUUUUUCUGUCGACAUACAUACCUACUUAGAGUAGUUCCAUGUAGAUAUCUACUACUAGUACAAUACUUCGCACUAUCUCUGGUGUCGUGAUGAAUCGAUUUGAUAAUGUGUGG